UCGGACGGAAUCGCUUAGCGCCAGAGAUUUCCGAGACCCCUCCCUCGUUAACAAAAAAAAGUUAACUCCACUGUAACGAACUACACUACACCACAACACUCUACAACAAUGUCCACCUGUGUAUCUUGCAACCAACCCUUGGUCCUGGAGCUCGAGGAGGAGGAAGAUGACUACUCCAUGGAAGCCUCAUCCUCCGGCAAGGCUCCCGCCGCAGCACCAGAAACCGUUCCGGACGACCUACACCUGAACUGCGGAUGCCACUUCCACUGGGACUGCCUCCUCCAAGCCUACCAAAUAACCCAAUGCCCCAAUUGCAACAAAGACAUCACCAGCACCUCCUCCACCGGCCAACAGCAAGUCCUCUGCAACCUGCACAACGAAGGCGGCCUCCAAGAGAACCUCGACAUCCUGCCCCUCCUCACCGAGGAAUCGUACCUCCGUGCGUACCCCGAAGACCGCAAGUGUCGCGCGUUUCUCGAGUUCUGCCGCGAGGGCGACUUCAAAGCCGUGAUCGAGAUGCUGCGGGACGAUGACGACGAGGACGAGGAUGAGGAGAUGGAUACUGGCGAAGAGGGCGCCGCACCGCAGAGGAAAAUCGGCGCGGACGAGUUGCUGAGGUACCAGGAUCCGAUUGGGGAUAUGCAGUCUGGACUUCACGCCGCGGUGCAGGCGGGAAGCCGGGAGGUCGCGUGGCUGCUGUUGUUGCUGGCGAGUAAACUUGACUUGUUGGAGUUCCCGCCCGAGGUAUUCCAGGAGGCGGAGGCACUGGGCGUCAUGAGGGAUGAGUCGGAGGGGAAGACGGAUAUCAGGUCGUUGAAGGAUAGCAAUGGGAAGUCCGCGGAAGACCUCGCGAGGGAGGUUGGCGGCGUGUGGUCGGACUGGAUCGGGAAGAACCGGCUUACGAUGUGAAGAAAUUAUGGUUGGAGAGGUUUGCGAGGAAGAUACCCUGGAUAUGAUGACUUGAUGAAAGAACAGUUGACGUUCAAAACAAAAGUUUAGUGUUUGAUAUAGUGACGGCGCGACAGCCACGC